AUGGCAUUAAUCCACAUAACCAAGUACCCUUCCACGCAGAAGCAGCAGACGCAGGGUCACAGCCUAGCACAAGCACGUACGCCUUUCAUGGAGCACUGUGCUCUCUCAGAGCCGAGUCUCACCUUGGAGAUUGAUGAUGCUCCGAAGUCACGGGGAGCUGGAGCCCAUCUCCACCGACAGCCAUCUGGCUUUUGGAUUCCAGUCACAUUCUCCACCAGCCGAGGGGAGUGCUCAAGGUCGGCGCCUCUGUCUCCCAGCCGCUCUCGGCUGUUGUCACCCAGCUUCCUGCGGCUCUCCGGCGCUGCCCUGGGCUGUGGGCGGCUCUCCGGCGCUGCCCUGGGCUGUGGGCGGCUUCACGAGGCCACCGGACGGCCUGUGGCUCGCCUGCCGCUCCUGACGCUGAUUCGCCCCGCUGCGGCCACGCUUUGCUGGGAACUGGGGUGUGUGUGA